AUGUUGGUGCUGGGCCUCUUGUGCUUUGGCUUGGCCUUUGGAUCCACGCCUGAAGUUGAAGUUCUCUUCGGGAGCAAAGGUCCCUCGAUCAGCCUUCCAGAUGGUCGCCGUUUGGGAACAACUUGGCAUCCAGAUGCUGAUCCAGAGUUUGUCGCAAUCUUUAUGGCAACAGUCCCAUGCAAGUCAUUCCUAUUCCACACCGUAUCCUCGGGCAAAAACAUUUGUUUCCUCCUUCCAAACGUGGGGGACAGGAGCCACAUGCUGUCGAAGGUGGGGAAAGGAAGGCAAGCUCGAUCCUCCUGCCGACCAGGCACACUCUUCCUUCGCCAUGAUCAAAUGGUGGUGCUCACAUAUGGGCCUACUCAAGACCAUCAAUCCUACAUGCCACCCAUCCUGACUGUGGAUACCGAGGACUUGCCUGCAUUGGAGGCUUUCGGUGAGGAGGUUUGGACGGAGCAGUUGCGAGGCGAAAGCAAAACACCUUUCACGCUUGCUUUUACCGUCGGCAAGAGCACUGUGGUUGGAGGACCACUUUUCAAAGAUGAACUCACAGGCAACCAAGCAGUUGACGAUGCAGUGGCUGCCAUUAGAUCUCAGACGACUCGCCACUGGUUGGUGCCGCCGGAGGAAGUGUUUGUCCUGCUAAGCAAAGGACAUCCGGAAGAGGGGACUGCAGGUCAGAAGUUCCCACCAAUGACAAUCUUUGGCGGAGUUUUGAUGACUUUGACAUCCUAUGCGCACAGCGGCAGUUUGAACGCUGCUGCAUCAUUGUUCGCUGAGGGCCCGGAUGGGGUUGCGCAGGCCGACCUGAAGAUCAUCAAGCGACUCGUCAACAAGAUUGGGGACGCCAACCUUCCUUACCUUCGAGCCUUGAGCCUUCACACUGUUUGUGAGUCUUUUGAACAGUUCUUCAGGGCCUUGGACCAAUCUGAAACAGUUCUCCAAGUUCAAAAGCUGAUGCAAGCCAUCUCUCUGUUUGGUGCACUGAUGCACGGGUGGGUGGUCUAUCUCUUCCCAUACCGGCUUGGUGUUGGACUCCAUGUGCCUGAGAUGUUCGAACCAUCCAGCCAUCCAUCGUCUAAUGUGCCACUUCGUUCUUGA